CAGGGUCUCUCUUGAUAAUGGCUAUUGCAGUUUCUUCAAGGCUUUUGCUUGGCUUCAUCUUUAUUGUUCUUGAAGUGUUUCAGCCAGCAACUGCUUCCAGCAAUGUUAACAUUGUGUAUUUGGGAGAUAGAAACUUUGAUGAGUCUCAGCUAACUCAGGAUUUACACCAUGAGAUCCUCUCAAAUAUUCUUGGAAGCAAAGAAGCUGCAAAGGAAUCAAUUUUGUACAGCUACAAGCAUGGUUUUUCUGGAUUUGCUGCAGUUCUAACCGAGUCUCAAGCCAAGCUAAUUGCAGAUAUCCCUGGUGUUGUUCGAGUCAUUCCAAACAAGAUACUUGAUUUACAGACAACUAGAAGUUGGGAUUUUCUUCAAGUAAAGCCUUAUAUUGAGAAUGGAAUUAUUUCAAAGUCUCAUUCAGGUUCCGGGUCAAUCAUUGGCGUCAUUGAUACUGGCAUAUGGCCAGAAUCUGAAAGCUUCAGCGACAAUGGUAUGGGAGAGAUUCCGUCUGGUUGGAAUGGAAUAUGUCAAGAAGGAGAAGGAUUUAAUCACUCCAAUUGCAAUAGGAAAAUCAUCGGUGCACGCUGGUACAUUAAAGGGUAUGAAGCUGAAUUUGGGAAGCUGAACACUAGUGAUGGGGUUGAAUUCUUAUCUCCUCGAGAUGCUGUGGGCCACGGUACUCACACAGCAUCUACAGCAGCUGGUGCUCCAGUAAAAAAUGCAAGCUUUAUGGGUCUAGCUCAAGGAAUCGCUAGAGGGGGUGCUCCUUUAGCUUCUUUAGCUGUCUAUAAAGUUUGUUGGGCUACUGGUGGCUGCAGUUCAGCUGACCUUCUCGCUGCAUUUGAUGAUGCAGUCUCUGAUGGUGUGAAUGUGCUUUCAGUAUCCCUUGGUUCAUCCCCUCCGCUUUCCACUUAUUUUGAUGAUAUACUAUCAAUUGGUUCCUUCCAUGCUGCAGCAAAAGGGAUUGCUGUAGUAUGCUCUGCGGGAAAUUCUGGUCCUUAUCCUCAAACUGUCAUAAAUACUGCCCCGUGGAUUAUAACUGUUGCGGCUAGCACCAUUGAUAGAUCUUUCCCUACUGCUAUUACAAUGGGAAACAAUCAAACUGUUGUGGGUCAAGCAUUUUACACCGGAAGAAUGGAUAUGAACAAGUUUUACCCCAUUGUGUAUGGAGAAGAUAUUGCAAGCAUUGAUGCGGACGAAGACAGUGCCAGCAGUUGUGAUUCAGGAACUCUUAAUGCUACUUUAGCAAGAGGCAAAAUUGUUAUUUGUUUCCAAUCUCGGUCUCAGAGAUCAGUUGCAACUGCUGCCAGAACAGUAAUGGCAGUCCAGGGUGUUGGUCUCAUCUUUGCUCAGUUUCCUACAAAGGAUGUUCAAUUUUCCUUUGGUAUCCCAAGUGUCCUCGUGGACUUCGUGAUCGCUACAUCUCUGCUCACCUACAUGCAGGCAAGCAGAAACCCCUUAGUCAAAUUUAGCUUCACAAAGACAGUUAUAGGGCAACAGUUAUCACCAGAAGUUGCUUUCUUCUCUUCUCGAGGGCCUAGUUCCCUCUCUCCCUCAGUAUUGAAGCCAGACAUUACAGCUCCUGGGGUUAAUGUCUUGGCCUCCUGGUCUCCUGCUUCAUCCCCUGAUACAGAUAACAGCAUACCGCCACUUAACUUCAAAAUCGAGUCCGGAACCUCCAUGUCUUGUCCCCAUGUUUCUGGUAUUGUGGCUCUUCUAAAAGGUAAAUAUCAAACGUGGAGUCCUGCUGCAAUCAAGUCUGCACUGAUCACAACAGCUUCUCUGAAGGAUGAAUAUGAUCAAAUUAUAGUUUCUGAGGGAGCUCCUCACAAACAGGCUGACCCAUUUGACUAUGGAGGGGGUCAUGUCAAUCCUAAUAAAGCCAUGGAUCCUGGAUUAAUAUAUGACAUGGGAGUAUCAGAUUACGUUCAUUUCCUUUGUGGAAUGGGAUAUAAUAACUCUGCCAUCAGCUCAAUGACAAAGACUCAGACCAGAUGUUUCCGUAAAUCAACCGGAUUCCUUGUAAAUCUUAAUUUGCCUUCAAUCACCAUUCCAGAGCUUAAGAAGUGCCUAACUGUAUCAAGAACAGUAACGAAUGUUGGUCCAGUGAAUUCUGUCUAUACUGCUCGUGUUCAAACUCCGGCUGGCGCUACUGUGGGAGUCGAACCAUCAACUUUGACAUUUAAUUCUACUGUAAAGACUCUGAAGUUUAAGGUAACUUUUCGUUCCCAGCUCAGAGUUCAGGGAAGAUACUCGUUUGGAUAUCUGUUCUGGGAAGAUGGUUUACAUCAUGUUGUGAGAAUACCGUUGAUAGUUCGAACUGUCAUUGAUGAUUUUUAUUCCCAAACAUGAUCAUAGAAUGCCAUUGGCUGUAC